AUGCUCCGCUACCUUCUAUUGCAGUGGCAUCAGAGACGGCCAGCAUCCAGACCGACCGGGUUGAUGCUCGCAUGCCUUCUGUUGCAGUGGCAUUGGAGACGGCCAGCGUUCAGACCGACCGGGUUGAUGCUCCGCUACCUUCUAUUGCAAUGGCAUCAGAGACGGCCAGCGUCCAGACCGACCGGGUUGAUGCUCCGCUACCUUCUGUUGCAGUGGCAUCAGAGACGGCCAGCCGUCCAGACCGACCGGGUUGAUGCUCCGCUACCUUCUGUUGCAGUGGCAUCAGAGACGGCCAGCGUUCAGACCGACCAGGUUCAUGCUCUGCUGCCUCCUGUUGCAGUGGCAUCAGAGACGGCCAGCGUCCAGACCGACCGGGUUGAUGCUCCGCUACCUUCUGUUGCAGUGGCAUCAGAGACGGCCAGCGUUCAGACCGACCAGGUUCAUGCUCUGCUGCCUCCAGUUGCAGUGGCAUUAACGACGGCCAGCGUCCAGACCGACCGGGUUGCUGCUCUGCUACCUUCUGUUGCAGUGGCAUCAGAGACGGCCAGCGUUCAGACUGACCAGGCUCAUGUUCAGCUGCCUCCUGCUGCGGUCGCAUCAGAGACGGCCAGCGUCCAGACCGACCAGGUUGAGGCACGUGCGUCCUUGGUCUUUUCGGAGACGGCCAGUGUGCAAACAGACAGGUUCAAUGAGUCGACCGCCUGUCCAUCGGAGGAGGCCUUGCCAGUGCGUCGCCCGGGCGACGCCUGUGCACGGCCGGCGCCGUGUUCUCCGGCGCUGGCGAAAGUGGGGAACGUGGAGUUUGCAGAGGUAUCUGCCUUUGCAUCUGAAUCGAUCCAGACUGACAAGGUCUACAUCCUGACUCCCGUGGAUACAGAGCUGCAGACGAUGCUGAAGCUGGCUGAUACCACCAGUGUUCAGGCAGCGAAGCUGGCGCUAAGGAAUGCGUCGUUUGAGACUGCCGUCCAGACAGAGAGGGUGCGCAUUUCCGCAGAAGCUUUGGAAACUUCCAGCGUGCAGACGGAGGAGCACGAGGUCGCGCCCGCGCGACGUCAGCUGGACCCGAAGCCUUCGGAUGCGAUGGCGAUGGAGGAGCCGAGGCCAGGGCGACGCCGUCCUACGUCAUCGACCUGGAAGGUGAGUUGGUGUGUCGGACCCGGCCCAGAAGCCUUCGAGCGAAGCCGGAGCCCCAACCAUUCCGUGCAGCACAGCUGCUGGCGAAGUCGGCCAAAUCGGCGACGCCGAAGGUGA